AUGAUUAACUACACAAAUAAUCAUAAUUCUCAAAAAGAUUUGAACAAUACUAAUACUACCGCUUCAAACAAUAUUGAUACUAUGACUGCUGAAUUACCAUCUGUUAAUAGUACUACUAGUCUUUCGGAUAACGUAGCUUUAAGAAAUUAUUAUGAUAAACUGCUUUUCAAGAAUAGUAGUGGUAAGUCAUUAUCAGAUUUACCUAGUAAAUUAUUGUCCAGUAGUGCCCAAUUGAGGAAUAGCAGGAUAACAAAUGAAAUCGUUUCAAAACUCAAAAUCCAUGGUGAUACCCAAAAUGAUCCAAAAAGUGAUAAAAUACCAUCUGGAGAUAACGAACACUUAGAUGCAGCUGCCGAUAGCAGUGGCCAUAGCAUUGAUUUCAUUAAUGGUUUUAAAAGUUUUAAUUUAGAAGGAAAUGAUUCUCAUACUUUCAACAGUCAGUCAGCAUCUAAUCGACUAUCGUUUUCAGCUUUUGAGAUGGCAGCUUCAAAUUCAGAGCCAUUUAAUUACCAUGGGAACUUUACUGUGGAUCCACAUAAUUCAAAUUAUAACCACUCUAAUGUUUUAGGUCAAUCAACUCCAAGUAUUUCACAGAAUUCAACAAGGAAUGAUCCGAAGAACCAAGCCCUUUUCAGUUUUGGGUUGGAGGACCAUACUAAUGAUAGAAGUUUCGCUAACCAGAAUCAUAUAAGCCAUUCCUCAUUAUAUUUUCCUGGCCAGUACAAUAAUGGUCAUACCAAUAACUUGAGCCCAACUGAUAUUCCAACCCCUAUCCAUAGUUCAGGGAAUCAGUACACAGAUUUCCAAAAUCAACAUCAACACCAAAAUCAGCAACAACAACAGCAGUCCCAGCAGUAUAUAGAAACUGCAAGAAGGUCUUCCUACAUUUCUGAUACCCUAAUUCAUAGAAAUGCCCAAGGUGUGAACACAAUGGGUAUUUUGCGUGAAUCCAUUUUUAACAACGGUUCAAAUACAAUUGUACAAGAAAGAAAUUAUAGUGUUUCUGGAGCUUCUUCUAACAUGUAUCCACCAAGUACUGCUCCAACAGUACCGAAUAUGUCCCAUAAUUUGUACCCCCAGUAUCGUCGUAAUACACAACCAUAUGUUUCAAGUACGGCCCCAUCAACAGCAGCUUCAAUUCAAACCUAUAAUUACUUACAAUACUCACAACAAUUAGGUGGCAAUAAUGUUCAGGGAUUUCCUGAAAACUCUUUACAGUCUGAUGAACUGAAUUUGGAUAGUGGUUUGACAAUAUCUCCAGAUCAACAAAUUAAAGCAUCUGAUGAUUUAAAGAAACUUUAUAUUGAAUGUGGUGCCAGUUAUUUUUCAAGUUCUAUUGUAUAUGAUUUUGCUGAUUAUAUUAAAUCUAUGAUAAGGUCGAAGCCUUCUGAUACAGAUAAGUCAGAGAAGAAUCCUGCAUUGUCAUUUUUAGAAUUUUUGAAAAGUUGUAAUACUAAUUACAUUAAUAGACGCGAUUCCUAUUUAGGUAACGAUAAAAAUAGAAUAAAAGCAAACGAUCAGAGAAUAGAUAGUUCCCAAGAAUCUUCAAACCUAAAAUCAAGCCGCAAGAAUAGUACUGUUAAUUCACCAAUUUGUACAUCCUACAAACCUUUAGUUUUGGUCACAUUGAAAAAUGGUAAGCUAGAAUUACUUUCAAUUCCAGAGAAUGCAAAUUUACUAAUGCAACGUGGUGACAUGAUCAUCAUUGAUGGUGACCGUGGUAAAGACUUGGCAUUAGUAGUGGAACCAGUUGUUGAUUUAGAGCUGGCUUUAUUUAUUUACUUCUUGAAGAAGAAAAUUCAUUUUGAUUCUUUAAUCACUAGUAAAUCACAACACUAUCCAAACAAGGAUUUCAUAAAUGCAUUAAUUGAAUGUACCAAAGGUCAGGGUGACAAAUUAAACUCAAAGUUAUAUGACGUUGUUGAAUUGACGCAGUUAGUUGUUCCAUCUAAACAAGUGAUUAGAUUCGCUACUCCAUGGGAAGUGACAACGAAUUUACACAAUAAGUUCCAAGAUGAAUUGAAGGCGUUACAUGUUGCGAAGACCAAAUUGAAUGCCUUAAACAACAACAUGUCCAGUAAGAAUUCGGCUAACUCCGAAGAUGGAUCUCAAGAAUCGGCAGGAACCAACUCUAAUUCUAAUCGUUCUGCCCUUAACAUUACUAUAUUAAAUGCCGAAUUUCAAUUUGAUAGAAAGAAGCUGACAUUUUAUUAUAUAUGUGAAGAAAGAAACGAUUUUAGGGAAUUAAUCAAAGAAUUAUUUAAAUUUUACAAGACAAGAAUUUGGUUGUGCGCCAUUCCGAACAAUUUAGAUAUAUAUUCUAAAUAUUAUGAUGCCAACAAAAAGGAAUUACAAAUGUAUCAAUUAAUGGUUAAAAAUUAUACUGGAGAUGAUAUCCUUGAUACCAAUGUUAAUGCCUCAAAUAAUAGCAAUGGGUAUAUUAUGGCGCCUCCAUUAAAUAAAAUUGAAUUGGAUGAUUUCCAAAUUGGCGUUUACAAAGAAUUGGUAAAGGAAUUAUUCCAUUAA